AUGAAAGAUGUUGUUUUUGGGAAGUUCUCUGCCCAGAUUCCCGAUCGGCAGGGCCAUUUCCCUGACAAAGCCGCUGGUCACGAAGUCGUUUUGAUUCUUCUCUCCGCUCGCUCCAAUCACCCCCUGGGUAUCUUUGGCCCGGGUUAUCAACAGGUUGGCGACUACAUGACCAAGAUGCAGAACCACCUCUCAAAGAAUGCUGAUAAGUUUGGAUACCUGGGCCACACUACCUGGAUCGAGGCAAAUGGACGGACCACGGCAAACGCCGUGAUGACCGCUACUUAUUUCCGGACUGUGGAGGAACUCCACAAAUUCGCGCAUAGCCCACUCCAUAAAAAGGUCUGGAGGUGGUGGAACAGCAUUGCAAAAACACAUCCUCAUCUCAGCAUCAACCAUGAGAUGUAUCAUGCACCCGAAGACUGUUGGGAAACCAUAUAUGCUAAUUGCCAUCCUGUUGGCAUGGCUGCGACUGAAACUAAGGUAAUGGUAACCGACGAUCCUGUUGAACCGGAGUAUCGGACAGAUGGCUCGGAAAACUCAAAAGAAAUUGGAUUUGAUCCAUAUGAAGCGCCGGUGACGCCUGCAUAA